GUGAGCUAUGUGUGGGGUCGAGUGCCGACAAUAUACGUAAAUAUUUGCCUUGUUAUAUUCCAUUGAGCUCAGUUAAUGGACUAAACCUUGAUGGUUGCGUUUUACCUGGACUUAAAAAAACAGGCUGAUUUUUAAACUGGUGUUCGAUAACGUGGCAAGUCAUAAUUAUUUUGACUUUUGAAAUGGUUGGGAUUGCUGAACAUAUAAUUAAAAAAAUGUUUUGCUAAUUAAUUAAAACUAUUAUUUCAACAUAUUCCGACAUUGAAAUAUUGUAACUAAAAAUUGAAAGAAAUAAUUUGACAAUAUUCAGAAUUAUUUUCGAAAUGGCAUUGAUAUGCUCAUCGUUUAAAAUGACUUGAUAAAAAACAAAAGAAAGUUUAAAACUAUUAGUUUAAACAAACUAUUCCCGACAUCGUGAUAAUGCCGAGGGUGAAUGUGACAUUACUAUGGACAUUGAUAGUCUUGGCCAGCAUUCCUGCUGUGAUAUGUGGAAAAGGAAGAAGAAAAAGAGAAAAGCCAGGACUCAAGUUUGCAGACUGUGGAUCAGAGGUUGACCGACCAUUACAGUUUUACGACGUAAAGGCGCAUCCCGUCCCCAUAGUAACUCCUGGGACGUUGUACGUGUCGUUUCGGGGCAACAUAACAUAUGACCUACCACGUGAUAUCUCCUUUGAGCUCGGGCUCGUGAAAUACUUCAUUGGAAUUCCAUUCCCAUUGCCCUGCUUUGACAGCAGUCUAGGAUCAUGUACCUACCAUGAUAUUUGUGAUAACCUGAAACAUUACGAGUACGCAGGAUGUCCGAGGUCGCUACGCCAAUACGGCCUUCAAUGUAGCUGUCCCUUCAAGUCCGGGGAGUUCAACGUGAAAAACCUUCCUCUCAAUAUUCCUAAAAUUCGCGGAUUUGCGCGCGCAUUUAUUCGUGUAAGAGGAGAUUACGGGUUAAAACUUCGAGUUUUAGAUUCAGAGUCAACAGAACUAGGGUGUCUUCAACUGGAGUUCUCAGUCAAGAAAAGAUAUCGCGGAUGGCUGUUUAAAAUAUAGAUUUGAAGGAAAACUAUUGUUUGACUUACAAGUUAUGAUUUAAUAAAAUUGCAUAUUUUGAGUUCAUUUUGCGUAAACUUAACUUGGUGAUAAGUUGGCACAUAUAACAGUGUAAAUGGCACACAUAUGAUAUUGUUGAAGAUGGAAAACAAAGAGAUGAAAGCGGGUGAAAUUCACAAAUGAACUAUUCAUCGACUUAUGAUGUGUUUUCAUUUAAAAUUGAGAUUUUCUCCUGAUUGAACAGAGCAGUGGGAUUGAUUCUUCUUGUUGUGUCACGGAAAACACGUGGGUGAGCCUUAGUGAUCUUUCCCGCACACGAGUGAACAUGGAGUCCUAAUUCAUUUUACGGGUUAUUUUAAUUAAAAUGAAAUGUUUCUCGGACGAAACCCUCCGCUGGAUACGUAAUGACGUAAAUACUACAUAUGUUAUGGAGUGUAUACAUACAGGCACAAUGUAAAUGAGUGCAAAACUACUUUGAACUACUUUGGAGAUCAUUUAACUUAUUUUGAACACUGUCUUACAACUGAACACUACACUGAGUGACUUAAAAACACACACCAUUUGGGUGGACAUUUGUUCGCAGAAGUAAUUUUCAAAGUACAUGUAUUGCGUUUAUAAAGUCAUCCAGUGUAUUAUACCAACCACACAAAUGUUUGUUCAGAAUUCACUCAAUUAUAUUAUUGUU